CCCUCCGUCUUUAUGUCUUUGGUUACUUCUCAUGCGUUGCAAUCAAGUUCAUCUUGCCUCUGAUCAUUCCUCUCUCCCUCGGUAGGAUGUGAAGAAACUUAGGUUACCCGAAUUUACAGAAGUAUUUCCUCUGCUCCAGUCUCCAAUCCAUGACAAUGCCACCAAAUCUCGCGAUGAUAAGGUCUGUGACUGCAUCAUCUGUCUUCAAAACAUGCAACCAUCUUAAACAUCUGAAGCUUUUACCUUCCACGACUUUGAAUCCUAUUUCAAAGCAAAGUUUUCAUAUUGCUAGUAAUUCAUGUUCUGAUAGGAAAGGACAUUACUAUGACCCAUUUGCGCCUGGAGGCAAAGAACUAGCAUUAGAAAUUAAAAGUACUGAUGACCAACUUCUUAAAAAUUUGGAGCAUGUAAAUUCUGUGGAAGAUAUCCUUUCUCUAGUCCGCCGUCAUUUGUCAGUAAUGAAUGCUUCCCAUAAAAGCCACGCAAUACUAGCACUCUUCCGAAAGUACAAAAAUAAUUUAACAUCCUUGUCCAAAGAAGAAAUUGUACAACAGACCGAGUUUAAAAAUCUGUGCAAUGCCAGUGUAAGUCACCUCAGGUUGAUGGAGCUGAGCGAUCAGAUCAAUUGGCUCAAAUGUUUGUCGUACUUUAGAGUUCCUGCAAACACGCGCAUCAUGCAAGUGCUCCUGAAUCUAAUCUCAAAGCAAGUGAAUCACCUAUCAAUUCAGGAAAUCGUGUACAUUGACUUUUUACUAAGUCAUCAAGAUAAAUGUCCGCUGGUCGAUGCCCUUCAAAUCGCCUUGCCCAUUGUGUUCGAAGUGAAAGUUGAAAGAGAGAUGGAUAGCUCAAAUCUAGAAUAUCUUCGAGAAUGUCUUCAGUAUGCUUCAAGCAAAUCCGUGUCAAAGUCAUGCUUCAAUUUUCUGGUCUCUCUUUUAUCUGCUUAUGAUAGAGAUAUACCACCGAAAGUUGCCGCGUCCAUUCUGCGAUCGUUGUGCACAUGGCCGGAGCACCAAAAAGCGCACGCUAUUCUCCUGCUACGAGUCAUGGAUAUUACAGCUGUGUCUGCUCAUGAGUUUGAUAUUUCGGCGAUUAUUGGCCUUUUAAGCGGAGUACUCAAAAAAGCAGAGCAGCAUGAGGCAUACCGACAUGCGAUAUUUAUCGACGAAUUUAUUAAGCAGAUGCUAAAUGUAUCUUCCAGAGUCCUCUGGCAGACUGCGAUCACACUGUUCACUAAGUUGACCAAAGUGGAUUUUUCAUCACCCUCCAUGGCAGAUUUCAUGUGCCGUAAAAUAGAAGAAAAUGCUGAGGCUUUUUUGAAUACAGGUUUAGGCGCCGAAAUGAAAGUAAUCCAUAGCCUUAGCCGCUAUAGUAACCUUAAACCCAAAAGUUGGGAUGCAAUAGAAACAAUGGUACUUGAUAAAUUUAGGAAACACUUGAAUGAUGACAUUUUGUAUUGGCCAAAAAUUUGUCUUUAUCUUGCGAUAUUAGACUGCUGGCCUGCUGAAAUUUAUCUCAAAGCGGCAGAUGAAAAUGUCCUAAAAAUCUUCGGUUCAAAAGAAGAAGCCGAUAAUAGAACAAAAAAAUCAUAUCAGACUCUCAUUAACCUCCAUCAAGCCGUCCAUUUACUCUAUCCUGGCAGUCUCGAUUGGUCCCUCCCAAAACCCAUUUUUGAAAAAGCAUCUGCCUCCAUGCUUGCUGAUUUACAAUCUAGUGUAGAACCCUCCCCACCUCUGCUGCCAGCAUUAGCCAAAGGAUUGGGUGGUCAAGAAUACAUCCACAGUAAUGUCCUUACGCAGCAUCUUCACUUUAUCGAUCAUGUCAUAAUCAUGAGAAAGGGCGGUUACCCUACAGCAGUUCCUUCUAAUUCUAGCAAACAUAAAUUAACUUAUCUACAAGAUAUCUCAGUCCCAUCUGAAAGCUUAAUAGUUGGUGUCCUAGCAAUCAAACCGUCGCUGUGCUCUUUCAAUGGACAAGUGAUGAGUGGUCAGAAAGCCCUGUACAUACGCACGCUGGAAGCGAUGGGUAUUGCAGUUGUGCCAGUUUUUCUUAGCAAGUGGGAUUCGCUGUUGGAACACGAGAAAAUCCCGUACCUCAUGCAACUGCUCCGCAACAAAACCGAAGACUACGAAGCUAUGGCUCUCCUGUGACUGUAAGUGUUCAAUAGAAUAGCCAAGAAAUGCAUCUAACCACGUAAUGACCUCCAAAACCAACACUGUAAAAGAGUUAAUGAAUAUUAAUUUUAUAAAAUUGGAAUGACAAAAAAUAAAUUAGUAGGAGUAAAAACAAAGUCGAAAGUAAAGUACAGAAAUACAGAUCGAAAUUCCAAAGAUUUGGACGAUGUACAAUUAAUUUUGGGUGGGUAAGGAAAAUACACAACAAAGAAAAUGGGUACAGUUUUAGUAGUUAGUAUGCAAGUCCAAAAGACCAAACAAAUUUUAUAUAAAUAAAUACAUUUCUGAAAAAAUAGAAUAAAAUUCAGAAUGCCGAGUCAAAUCUAGGCAGUGAAAUUGGGUUGCAGUGGAAAAAUAAAAAAUGAAAAACAGCCUGAGAUGGGCUGGGCUGGGCUGGGCACUAUGCAUUGCAGGUCCAGGCUGGGCACUAUGCAUUGCAGGUCCAGGCUGGGCACUAUGCAUUACAGGCCCAGGCUGGGCACUUAGCAUUGUAGAUCCAGGUUGGACAAGUUCCACAAGCUGUAGUAUCGAAUUUUGCGUUUCUUGAAGCGUGGAAGUUAAGAUGCCAAUGCAUUCCGCUAUCGCAGUUUCCUUUUCCCGUUCAGACAUUUUCUCACCUGAAAAAUGUACGAAAAAAAAAAAGUCAAAAGAAAGUUUAAAAUGUAAAUUAAAUUGAUUUCCAUUAUCAAAAAAUGAAGAAUAAGCCUGGAGAUUAGAGAAGAAAAAAACUUGUUUUUAAUCAUCCCCCGGUUAUUUUAAAACACUUUUUUUUUAAUAAACCCGGUUAUUUGGUGAAUGCCCAAAUUGUCCCCUGUAAGCAUGACAAGCUGGAAGUAAAUUUUCCCGGAGUAAGCUUCAUUUUCAAAAAAAAGACCCUCUUUUGAUAAACUGUUAAAAUCCUCAAUUAAGUUUUUGAUCAACUUUUCAUUUCCAAACUGCUUUCUGUCGUUAGCAUGGAAUAACAUACAUAAAAAGAUACAUUUCAAAGUGGAACGAAAUUCUGGUGGAAUGCAUGGCAUAUAUAUGUAAACACAACCCAACUUGUGAACUCCUGAAUGUGACCCUAGAGCGUUUCCUGUUUCCAAUUCAUCCAUAUAGAGGAAGAAAGGAAGAAAUUUUUUCCCUUUAUUUUUAUCAGCUUUUAAAAACUCUUGCCACUGUUUACCUUGUAGAAAAUUUGACAAAACAGAAUUUUCUGCCAGCAUUCUGCCCUCAAAAUCAAGUGUUUUCUGGAGAACAUCCGACUGAUCAAAAAAUUUCUUAAAGAAUACUUUUGGUGAAAUAUACUGAGCUUUCACGGGUAUAGAUGUGACUCGCACUUUAUUUUUAAUUUUUUUCCGUACCGAUCGUUCUCCAAGCUCAAUUUCUUGAGGUUUUACAUACGUGCCUAAAUUUUCAAAGUGUUGUAAUCUAUGAAAGUCUGUCUUUAAAGAGGCAAAUGGAUCACAUGGACAAAAAAGGUGGUGUAGGUGGCAAAGGUUUGCUGCGAGCACUGAGCUCUUCCGCUCCAUCCAAUUCAAGGGGAAUUUUAAGUAACCAAUAGAGUAAAAUUAAAUCUUAAAAGUGGAUAUGACAACAACUUAAAUGAGUCUCAAAACUCCGAAAGAUAAAAUGAGAUAGAUAAAAAUUAGUCGAGUAACCGUGAAGGAAUUACGCUCAUGUUAUAAUCUAAAAAAUCACUAAGAAUGAGUGUACAAAGGUCUCACAAUGUACUUGUCUUUACAUCCAUAUAGCCCAGCCUGACUGGUGUAGGUGGCAAAGGUUUGCUGCGAGCACUGAGCUCUUCCGCUCCAUCCAAUUCAAGGGGAAUUUUAAGUAACCAAUAGAGUAAAAUUAAAUCUUAGAAGUGGAUAUGACAACAACUUAAAUAUUUUUAAGUAAUGAAACUUCAAGAUAUUUGACAAAGCAGUAUUAUUAUGCACUAAGGAGUUAAACAUUUGUAUGAAUGCAGGCCAUUCACUCUUUUUACUAUCAAAAGUUGGAAUUUUAGGUGGUUUUAAGUAUGAUUUCAUCAUAUACUGGUCAGUUACCGGGAAUGGACUUGCGACAGAUUGAUUUUCCAAACUAGUACCUGGCAUAUUAGAUCUAGGAUCCACUGAAUUUAUAAAGGCGUUUGCUUGAGCCAAAAUUUCGUAAUAUUGUUUUUCAAA